AGAGAGAGAGCGAGAGAGAGAGAGCGAGAGCGAGUGAGAGAGAGCGAGCGAGCGAGCGAGGAUGCUGAGCUCCUGAUUUCUGUGUUGGAAGUCAGGCAGCGGUAUUCAUCUCUUUGUGUGAAGCACUUAGUGCGGCACGGCCACUUUAUUUCACCAGAGAUCACCGGAGAACCAAGAUGGACGAACAGGAAAACAACAACCAGGGGAAUUACUGAUGUGAAGGAUCUUCGGACAGCGUGUAUAUCUGUUCUCCAGAUGAUGUGCUGAUGGAGUUUGUAAAUAACGAAGCGAGGCGGAGUCCAGACGGAGCAGAGAAUAGCACUGCACCGCCAGCCUUGGAUAUUCAGGAAGCCCGCCCCCAGAGAAAGAAGCUCUCAGCCCCGCCCAUCAGCCUGUCUCUGGACCAGAGUGACGGCUCCCUCUUGUCAGACGAUGCCCUAGAAACACCUGAUGACCUGGACAUCAAUGUGGACGACCUGGACACCCCCGACGAGGAUGACUUUCUGGAUUAUGCUGGACGCAAGCUGGAAUGGAAGGAGUACCAGUCGUCCAAUCAAAUGCCGGGGAAAGGGGCAAACGAAGCAUUCCCAGCAUGCAGUGCAGAGGAAGAGGAUCGUCAGGACUCACAGCUAUGGAGGACUGUCAUCAUUGGAGAUCAGGAGCACCGCAUCAACAUGAAGCUCAUCGAACCCUUCCAGAAAGUUCUCUCACAUGGAGGUUACUAUGGAAACGGGCUCAAUGCGAUCAUCGUGUUUGCUGCGUGUUUUCUUCCGGACAGCGACAGGGAUGAUUACCACAGUGUCAUGGAGAACCUCUUCCUGUAUGUGAUCAGCACGCUGGAGCUGAUGGUGGCUGAGGAUUACAUGAUCGUGUAUCUGAAUGGAGCCACGCCCCACAGGAGGAUGCCCGGACUCGGCUGGCUGAAGAAGUGCUACCACAUGAUUGACAGGAGACUCAGGAAGAAUCUGAAAUCCUUCAUCAUCGUUCACCCCUCCUGGUUCAUAAGGACCAUUUUGGCAGUGACCAGACCCUUUAUCAGCUCCAAGUUCAGCAGUAAGAUUAAAUAUGUGGACAGCCUGGCUGAGCUGAGUGAGCUUGUGCCCAUGGAGGGAAUCCACAUACCGGAGAGCAUCGUCAGGCUGGAUGAGGAGCUGAAGGAGGCGGCAGAAAAUGCUAAAUACAGCAGCUUCCUGGGUGGAACAGAGGCUUCUGUUCAAGUACCUCCAGAGGCGGGGAAGACCAACGUGUGAAGCUCAAGUUAUCGGACGGCUUCAGUUGCGGUGACCCUAGCAUGUGAUCACAGUCCAACAAGGCAGUACCUACGGUACCUAUAAGUACCUGUGGCCUGAAAACAAUCUGUCCACAUAUGUGUAUUUACAUUCUCUGGCUAAGACCUGAACUAUUACAUGUACAUUUUGCAAACAAAAUAUUUUAUUUGAUAUUUUUAAGCAAGCGUUCUCAAUCAAGUAAUAUCAUAGACAUCCGAAAACAAAUUUUACCGUUAGAAGAGGAGAAAGGCAUAUUUAAAAAUCUCAUAUGACUUUUAUAGGUAGUACAAUUACAAAGGUCUUACAAUUUUUGGUUUAGAUUUUUAAGCAGCAGGACAGUGUAGGGGGCACACAAUGAUGUCAUUCCUCGAACCUCUAAAUCUUAAAUGCCUCUGUAUGCACCUGUAUGCUGUUGGACUCAGGUGACCUGCAUUCCACAACCUCAUGGCAGCCUUCUUCCCCUCUCUUUCUGUUCAGAUUUGGACAGAAAUCAUAUUCAGUGUUUCAUGUUUUCUCGGUAUAAUGCAAUAAAUCAUACUCAGUGUUUUAACUAUUUUGGAUUCAUAGAACACUCUAAAUUCUGCAAAAAAAAUAUAGAAUCUUUCUCAAUAUGUAACCUAUUAUGCUUCUAAGACUAAGAUUUUAAGAUUUUGUUAGAUUUGUAAGCCCUGAGACGGUGUUGUUUGAUCUCUGACCCUGGGUCAUACCACUUGCUGACUGUGACCCGGAUACUAUUGUGACAUGGUUGGCUCUGUUCUGCCCAGGGUAGGGUGGUUUCAGUUGAUCAGGGCUCCUCACGUGACCACUGCAAUAGCUCCUAUACCAGCAACAUGCCAGCCUCCCACAGGUUCACAGUCGUUGUCAGUUCAGUGAGAGAUAAACUUAUUUAUGUGCUAGCACUCCUGUAGCACAGAGUGGCUUGCAGGGUGCAAAAUGUGGCUCAUGGGUGAGUGCGUUAGAGGUGAGCGCGUGUUUCAGCUGCAGUGUUCUUGGUGUGAAGGUUUGGGCGGCACACAGCCGUGUCUUGACAGACACAACCAGCAAAGAAGUAAGGACACUUAUUAAAUAAGAAAUAGUUACAAAAAUAGGCGAAUUGUUUGGUACAAUGCUUGCGAUAGGUCCUUUAAAAAAGAAGAGGUCUCCCCUUGCUUCCCCUGGCUUUCCUCAUUAAAAUCUGUCUGUCUGUCUGCUCACUGGUCACCAGGGUCCAAACCUGUCCUAUUCCUUGCACAAAACAGGAAAUGGCAUGUAAUGCAUGCAAAAUAUAAAAUAUAAAGCACAAUAUUUGAAUCCUGUAUGCAGAUUUUAAACUAUCUUUUUAUUUUUAUAGUAUCAACAUUGUUUUUUUCAGUCUCAAGUAGGAUGUACACUGAAGAUGAGACGUUUUCCAGCAGUCGGUAUAGAAAUGUAGUAUAUAAUAAUGUAAACGGUUUCAAUAAAUGUCUUGUUACAUAAA